CUAAGAUCGAAGUGAUGGCGAAUACAUGGCCAACGGGUAUCAUCAUCACAGGCGUGCUCUACUUCUUCACUGUUGCUUGUUUAGCAGGCAGAGUGGCCGUCUCAGUGCAGCAUAGGAGGGUUGGCCUAGAAGACUGGAUGAUUACCAUCGCAGGAGUUCUUUCAAUCAUACAAUUUUCAUUACUGGUGGCUUCGUGCCGCUCCGAUGAAUCCGACUACACCCGUUCUCAACAUAUUUUGUUCGCAUCAUCUCUCUUCUAUGGACCUUCCAUCGUACUCGCCAAGGUCAGCGCAGUAUACAUGCUCCUUCAGACACGGUAUGGUCCACUGCGCCACGCUCUACUCUACACAAUAGCACUGCUCCAAGCUCUAUCAAGCACAGCAAACACCGCGUUCCAGAUAGCGCGAUGUCGACCAAUAUCAAGCAACUGGGAUUCCGAGUCGAACCCGAACGCAAAAUGUGUUAGUAGAGAAGACACAUUGCUCGCAUUCUACAUCGAAUCUGGCACUGGGAUAACUGUCACUUUAAUCCUCACCAUCUUCACCACCAUUCAGCACAGAAAAAGAUGCAGGGGUUUCACCGAAAAGUUAGGACUAACACUCAUAACAAUUCUAUCACUCUUCUCCAUCUCCGCAAACCUCGUCCGCUCCACCCUCCUCCACGCCUCACCACUACACAUCGACACGACCACACCCUCAACCCCACCAAUCUCCCGCUUCACCCCACCCCAAUGGUCCAUCCUCGAACAGCAAGCCCUCCUGAUCACCCUCUGCAUUCCUACCCUGAAAUCCCUCUUCACGCGCAACCUCCAUCGCUUCAGCCUCCACUCGUCACAUAGCAUUUCCCCAACGCCAACGCCAAACUCAAAUUCAAACAAUCAUCACCCUCACCCACCACCACCACCACCCCGCGGCUACUUCAGCCGCCUCUCCUCAUCAAACGACGCCCGUCCCUCAUCGAACCCACCCCGCAGCAGCACCAGCAAGAAACAAUCUCGUUCUCACCCUCGCGCACGCCCUCGCCACCGUAGCCCUUCCCUCCCAUUCAUCGCAACACCCGCGCUGAAAUCCACAAUCGCGCAGUGCAGAGCUACACCGGAACCCCCUAUCUCGCUAUCCUCUGAGACCAUCUGGCCAGCUGGGUAUGGGUACCCCGGUCGAGGGAGCAGCAGGGGAGCGUAUUACGAUGAGGAAGAGGAAGAGAGAUUGCGAGGGAGCGAGGAGGAGCGGGAUGGAACGUGGGGGGAUGGAGGGAUUUUGUUGACGACGGAGUUUUUGAUGAGGAGUGAGGUUGUUAGUCGGAUGCCUAGCCGUGAUGAUGUCUUGGGGUUAGUUGGCGGAAGGAGGGGUGGGGUUGAGAUGUAGAAAUGUAUGGGGGAAAAGGGGGUGGGUUGGGUAGGGGUUUGGUUUUUCCAGGGUGUCUGCUAAUUUGGGAAGGGGGUAUUGUCUUGUCUUCCACAUUUUUAUUUUCUUCCAUCUUUCUCUUUCGCUUGCAAGUGUUUCUGCUGCCUAUGUGGUAAUAGCGGUAUAGCU